AUGAGGGUCUCUUCAUUGUUUGGGCCCGCGGCGGCUGGCUGGCCUUCGCUUCUUGCCCUUUUACCGACUCUGAACGCCCUGUCAUUCGAGUCAGUCUCCGUUCCGGAACUGGACCUGACCUCGCUGGGACGGGUAUCAAUCACUGGUGAUUUUGAUGGCGUCUCCCUCUAUCAAUAUAAGGAACAGACCGAAUCAAUCCCCGAUGGCACCCAAGCCCUUCUCACCCCACUACCGAACGGCAUUCUCACAAAUCUUUCAUCCGCCAAUGCGCAAAUCACGACCAUGUGCCCUUUCACUCAAAAGGAUGGAACUUUUGCGGGGAUAUUUGUCGGUGGCAACUUUACCAGCCUGGGCGGAGUCCAUUCGCCCGGUGCUGCUCUCUUCAAUCCAAAUACCAGCAAAGUUGUUGCCUUGCCGGGCCUAUCGGGCUCGGUAGCGGCCGUGACUUGUGAUCAGGACACUAACCGCGUCUACGUUGGAGGAAAAUUCACUUACGACAACGCGACUAACGCCGUCGCGUGGGCGCCCGACGAUGGCUGGACUGAUCUCCCGUUCAAUGGUCUGAAUGGCCCAGUCAACUCGAUUCUGAAGGCUGACAAUGGCCAUAUCAUCUUUGGAGGAUCGUUCGACGCGCUCGGAAACAAAACCAGUUCUUCAAAAGAGAGACAAAUUCUCAACCUCCAGAAUGCGACCGUCACAUCCGAUGCAGACUCUUCUUUGGACGGCUACUCCGAUCCCCGUAACAUAAUUUGCUCAACAAAUGGGGAGGCUGCCAAAGGCAAGACCUACCUUCUUCACGACUAUGCGCCGGGAUUUUGGAGAGCAGACCUCGGUUUCGAUUUUUUCCCGACCAAAAUCCGCCUUUACAACACUCAUUUGGAUGGACGCGGCACCAAAGACUUUUUACUUCGAGCUCUUCCUGACAAUGGUAUCAUGAAUCUGACUUACAUAGACGAGUCCGGAAAAAAGAUCAGCUGUGACUCGUCCUGUCCGCUUUCUAGCAACAAGAGUGAAACCUACCGUGAAUUCACCAUGGUUAACCCCGUAGGUAUGCGGGGGCUCCAGAUCGAGAUUCUUAGUUGGUACGGACAAGGAGCAGGCCUCAACGGCAUUGAAGUCUUCCAGGAUCAAAUCCUGACAUACGCUGUCGACCAAUUCAACGAACCGACUUGCUCAGGCAUUGAAUAUCCCGCCAAGUCAACACGCACCGGCUCUUGGACUAUGGAGGAUGGGUAUGUGUCUGCAAAGGUGACAGACUCUAAUGCCUCGGCUACAUCCGUCACAUUCGAGCCUGACGUGAAGCAAUCCGGCAACUAUACGAUCAAGAUAUAUACUCCCGGCUGCACCCAGGACAACUCCUGCAGCUCACGGGGAAUUGUUAAUGUCACGGCUACCCUUUCGAGUGGACCUGACUCUAACCAACCCGAUCCCUUAUACCUUCACCAGACCAACCGACACGAUAAGUACGACAUAUUCUACAAGGGAUACGUUGAUGCCAACAGUGACUCCUUUCGACCGAAAGUUACCCUGCGGGCCAAGGACGGCCAAGGAGAUAUCACCAUUGUGGCAUCUCGUGUCCGAUUUGAACUUGAGUCCAGCACUGGCGGUCUCAAUGGACUCUAUGAUUAUGAUCCGACCGCCAAGACCGAAACCUCUGACCUUGCAAAGUCUGACAUUAACAAGGCGGGGACCUCACUUGACCACAGUGCAACAAUCUCAAUCAUCAAGGAGCAUGAUAAUGUGAUCUAUGUCGCUGGUAACUUUUCCGACAGCAAAAUUCACCACAUCAUGUCAAUCAAGGACGGCGAUGUCACAGCAAUGCCCGGCUCCGGAUUGAAUUCCCCAGUGCUAGCAAUGGCCACUCUUGACAAUGUCUUGUACGUUGGAGGUCGCUUCACCGAUACCUCAGACGCAGGUUCAAAUGGCCUCGAACACGUUGCGGCAUACUCCUACUCUUCCAAAGAGUGGUCGGCUUUGGGGGCAGGACUGAACGGCCUUGUCAAUUCGAUUUGGCCCGUUGAAUUGAAUGCAUCAACUGCUAUCAACGAAACCAUCAUUGCCGUGAGCGGCGACUUUGACCAAAUCAUUGCUUCCAACGGGAAGCCCGCGGUUUCUGUUGCUGGUUUCGCUAUCUGGGUCCCUUCCCACAAGGACUGGCUCCAGAAUGUUAAUGUCACGCAGAUGCAGUUUGGUGGUCAACUCUCAAGUGUUACUUCACAUAACAACACGCUCAUUUUGGCAGGCAACCUUGCCACCAAUGGUAUCAUCGCUGGUGGUGCGGUGUCACUGCUAGACUCCGAUGAUUUGCAACUUAUUCCUCUGUCGAUGAAGACUAACCACCAGAAAUCGAGCACUGGUCUGAUAACCGGUGCCUAUGAUACUGAUUCAAGCCGCAAUCUCACUAUCUACGGUGGGCAUUUCGCUGCCGCUGGCAGUAAUGGAUCAACUAUUGAAAAUAUCGCCAUCUUCAACGGUACCAAUUCGAAGAUCUCAGGUCUACCGCAAGGUGCCGACAGUAACUCGACAUUUGUUUCAAUGCUUGUGUACAACAACACCCUCUAUGCAGGUGGAAACGUCACCGGAAACAUCGGUCAGACCACUCUAUCCGGUCUUGUGGUCUACGACCUGAAGAAGAAUGAGUUCUCACGGACACAGCCAGCUUUCGCGGGCUCGGAUGUCGCAGUCAAUGCUAUCGUCAACCGACCAGGUACAUCUGAUAUCUACUUUGGAGGAAACUUCGACGGUGUCGGGCAGUUCCCAUGUAGUUCUAUCUGCUAUGUGGAUGCUACCACCGGUGACUGGGAUCGACUUGACACGUCCCUAAGUGGUACUGUAGUUGACCUUCAUUGGGCCAGUGAAAAGACGCUGAUGGCUGUGGGGGACCUUGAGGUUGAUCGCAAUAAGACCUCAAUUGCUACCUACAACGCGGAAUCUGACAAAUGGACUGCUUUCUCUGGAGCGUCUCAUUCAGAUCUUCCCGGCAAUGUCACUACGUUUACUGUUUCUAGCACAGAUCUGUCAAAGUUCUGGAUCGGAGGUAUUGCGACUAAUGGCUCAGCCUUCUUCUUGAGCUACGAUGGUUCCAAGUUCCGAUCCCCCGGAAAUGUUUUCUCUGAGGGCACGAUCAUUCGUGGCCUAGAGGUUCUUCCUCUCCGCGAAGACCAUUCCAAGGCCUCUCUGUUGCGUAACGAGCAAACGUUGUUGAUCAUGGGCUCGCUCAUGAUUCCGGGAUUCGGACAUGCAUCAGCAGCGCUCUACAACGGAACCGAUAUCACUCCAUUUAUUCUUUCCCAGCGAGCCGAUGGAACACCGGGCAGCAUGUCGAAGUUCAUUUCCGAGAAGAAGAACCCUUACACCACCCCCGCAAAACAUCACUCCAAUGGCAUCACAGUCUUGGUAGCCUUCUGUUGUGCUCUCGGCUCCGUCUUCCUCAUCGUCCUAGCCGGUGUCAUCCUGAACAAGGUCCAGCGCCGCCGCCAAGGCUACGCAGCUGCCCCUCAAACCUUCGGCACCGAUCGACCCUCCGAUAUGCAACGUCUGCCGCCCGAGUAUCUCUUCAACUCGCUGCACCACACCAACCCGAGUGCCCCGGCCCUUUAA